GCACCAUGAGACCCGAGGCGGCAGCCGGAGCCCGGGACGCGCGGGGACGCCUCUGCCACUGUCCCGGGAAUGAUCCACCGCUGCCCCGCGGGCCGGAAAGUUCCAGCCCAGCUCCGUGGAGACCGUGGAUGCUGCCUCCUGGAGAUGCUGAGCUGACCAGAACUGGAAGCCGGGGUGAGCCUGGGAAGGACCAACAAACUUUGGGAUCAAAGGGAGCCUUUGGCUUCCAGCAUCCUGUCAGACUUUACUUACCCAUGUCAAAGCGUCAAGAAUACCUGAAGAGUUCUGGGGAAAAAGUGCUGGCCAGCUUCCCUGUGCAAGCCACCAUACACUUCUACAAUGAUGAAUCUGAGUCAGAUUCUGAGGAGGAAGCGCAAGAGGAGGAGGCCCAGCUGGCCCAUCUGCGGUGCCUGGACACAGCAGUCCUGAGGGCAAUGGCCCAGGAGGAGAGGGCGGCCCAGGAGGAGAGGGCAGCGCAGUACUGGCAAGCUUGUAGGGAGCGAGGGAUGGCUUCCCACAGUUGCCUCCAGAUGACUGUGUGGGUGACACUGAAUGAGUCUCUGCCAUGCUGGUCCCCAGGGCCUCCAUCCCAUGUCCUGGGGACAGUCCUGGACAGUCCUGCCAGGACUCCAGCCUCCUCCCGUGAGAGCUCAGAGGCUGGCCCUCUGCUGAACACCUGCUCAGGGCAAGAACUCAGCUUUUACUUUUUCUUUUCCUGCUGAUUCUUUUCAGUGCACUCAUGCACAUCUUUGAGAACGGGUGCCUGACAAAGAGGUUUACGUUGACACGGGCUGUGAUCAGGAAGGGGACGUUCUGAGCCGGCACAGUGCUGUCCCUGCAGAUCAGAUUCCAAUCCGACCCAGGGACCCAUUAUUUAGCUAUUUUUGCUUUUGUAAAAAUAACUUAGAUAUUAACUUCCAUUUAACCUAUUGUCCAAGGGUUGAUUUGGUUGUUUAGUAACAUUCUAAAAAAAAUACACUACUUAUGGAACAACAAAAAAA